AUGGCCACCGUACCCUUCCCCAAGUCCGCACCCAAAGACAUCCCUGCUCGACUCCACGAGCACUACCACUGGAUCGACGAGCCCAUCGACCACGCUCAGCCCUUCUCCCCCGACUUCAGCUUCACCCACGAUGGCGACAGCUUUGAAUCGGGUCCAUCCUCCUACCUCCAAACCCCUCCUUCCGAUCCCAUCCUCCACCCCUCCUCGCCACCCACCGGCAAAUUUUCCUCCUCCCCCCACCCCAACCUCCAAGCACAGCUGGACGAGCGUCUCGCCACCCUCGCUGCUAACCCCACCACGCCCGUCAUCGACCUCUUGACGGCUGGAGUAGGUGAGCUAGCACACGCCCUCGACUCGCGUGAGCUGACCAGCGUCCGCGCCAUCAAGAUGUACCUCUCGCAGAUUGAGCGUUUGAACGGCUAUCUCCACGCCUUGACGUAUGUGGCUGGAAGGGACAUGUUGCUCGAGCAGGCGAGGGAGUGUGAUCGGCUCAUCAGAUCCGAGGGGUUUGAUAGGCGCCAGAUGCCCCUCUGCGGUAUUCCCGUUGUGGUCAAAGACAAUAUCGGAACGGCUGCCGAGCUUGGAAUGCCAACCACAGCAGGCUCUCUGGCGCUUCUCGGCAACACGCCAAAGUACGACAGCACGGUUGUCAAGAAGCUACGGGCAGCAGGAGCUAUCAUCAUCGGAAAAGCCAACAUGACCGAGCUGGCGUCUUAUCGCUCCAGGUCAUGCCCGAACGGAUGGAGUCUGGUCGGAGGGCAGACAGUCAACGCCUAUGCUGCUCAUGUCUGCCCUGGAUCCAGCUCAAGCGGGAACGGCGUCGCCGCAGCAGCGGGGUUUUGCGCUCUCUCUGUCGGGAGCGAGACUGACGGCUCGAUGACACUCCCCGCUAUGCAAUCCGCACUCUACGCUCUCAAGCCCACAGUCGGUCUCCUCUCCCGAGUCGGCUGUGUCCCUUUUGCACCCACCUUUGACACACCCGGAACGAUGGCGAAGGAUGUAUGGAGCGUCGCGGUUGGGCUGGACGUCAUGGCUGGGGAGGACGAGGAGGAUCCGGAGAGUCUGACGGUCCCAAGGCUGCCUUCAUCCAUGCGAUACUCUGACUUCUGCACCAACGCCUCCUUCUCUGGACUCCGGAUCGGUCUCCCACGAGCCGGCUGGUUCAACUUUGACCCCUGGUCCCCUCCCAAGCCAUACCACCCGCACCGCAACGUCCUCCGCGCCUUUAACGCCGCCAUCGCCACCAUGUCCCGCUGUGGCGCCACCAUGGUGGACGACGCACUCGUCCCGUCCGCAGCGGACGGCACGCUCUGGUACAGUAUGUGGAAUGGGCGGGCUUUGGUGGUGAAUGCCGACUUUAAGGAGGCGUUUGGGCGAUACUUGAGGGGAACGGCACGGAGUGGAGGGUGUGAGAGUAUCGAGGAUGUCAUUGCAUUCAACACGCAAAAUGCAGUCCUCGAGAUGUCUCCAGAGCGAGCCGUGGGGCAGGAACUACUCGAAGGCGCGCUUUCCGCCCCAUCGGUCGAUUCGCCAGAGUAUCGCGAGGCCAAGGAGGAAAUGCGAUACCUCGCUGGACCGCGCGGGCUGGAUGCGGUCCUGGACGCCCAUGGGGGUCUUGACGCGAUCAUGGUGAUUGGGCAUGGGAAGCAUAGUCUUGCGGCUAUGGCGGGGGCGCCCAUUGGGACGGUCCCUCUAGGCCUGAUGGAUGAUGGCGAACCGAUCGGGGCGUACUUUAUCGCUAGAAGGGGCGGGGAGGGGACCCUCUUGCGGAUCAUGGCGGCCUGGGAGAGGGAGUUUGGGGCGAGACCUGUACCGCCUAUCUAG